GCAUAAUAAUAUUUAUGAUCAAAGUGGGUGCGUACAUUUUAACAGUGUCUACAAUUUACAAGAAAAGGAGAUCUUGGAAUUAGUUUGAUUUGUUAUAAUAGCAUGUGUUAUUGUAUCAACAUCGAGUGGCAAUCAUAAUGCGACUGACUGUUAGAAAUAAUGUUUCACAUUAUUGGAAUGUAACAGUAACCUAAUAAAAGAACACGCCUAGGUACAGUCAGCAUCAAAAGUAGCGGAUCAAACAAGGUUUCAAAAGUAUCUACCAUUCUGUAACAGCUUAACAAAAGUUGAUCGUUAUAUAUGUAGAACAAUUUAGACUGUAAAAGAUAUACUUUUGAAGGUAAAUUUUAGGGAAUUAUCUAUAUUUGGAAAAGUUAUCCGGAAUAUCAGAUACUUUUGGCGCGCUGUUUCAUCCGCUACUAUAGAUGCUGACUGUACUAUAAUAUUGUCUAAAGUAAAUUCAUAUUUAAAUUAAAAUAUAACAAGCACGUUUUUAUUCUAAUAUUGGAUAAUAAACCAGGUUUUUGACGUUUUGCACAAAAAACAUAAAAAUCUAAUUUUCUGCUACCUGAUCCUCUCAUACAAAAACGCAGACUUAUUUUUGGUAACUUCGAUAUAUCACACGCGUACUGGAGCGAGCUAAUUGAGCAUAUGUUAUUAAAAACUAUGUAUCUUAACAUAAACCUAUGAUUGUAUAGAUUAACAAUUAAUCUUGUUUCCGUUCUAUAAUAAGGAAGCAAAGCAACCUUAGCCACGCAAGCUUAGCAAAGUAAUUCUUGGGCAGUUAUUAGCACGGUCGAGCGGCCACCAUCCUACCAUAUCGCACCGGCCGGCAAUCAUAAAGCACACGACAUUACCUAACAACCCAAAAACACCUCUAAACACUAAGAAAUAAGACAUAAAAGCAAGAACAAAAGCUUAUAUUCAUCAUCGCUUUUUAAGUGAAUGAACUAUGCGCAUAUUAAGUAUUUGUUCUAAGUAAAUUACUUUAGGUAUUGCUGAUUAUUAUGAAUGGCAGGACUCAUUAUAAAAGCAAACUUAAACUUUUUAAAUGUUAAAUAUGACACGAAAGCGCAAUUAAAGUAAUUAACAUCGUUUGCAUACGUAAAAAUUGUGUAGAAGAAAAAAUAUAGGCUCAGGACUUAUAAAGACAUUUCUACUAUUUCCAGACGACGUACAUACGACUUUUUUUGGUAAAUAACGACCACCCGGUCAAAGAGUCAACAGAGAUGUUUGUUGUUAAUAAAGUACCAUGAAUGGUUUGUGGGUCCAACUGCCAUUGGGUUUCAAUUAAGCAUGGAUAAGUUAUAUUACAAUGGAUAGAACACACGUGUCAUGCUAAAAGCACUUAACUGUUUACUUGAAUAUUAAUGAAAAGGUACUGAAGUGUUGAUUCUUACUGGUUGUAUAAAUAUUAAUGAAAUAUGAUCCAUUGGUUUGAACGGGAUGGAAAUUAAAGGAUAGAACUAGACGCGGAAAUGGGAAUCCCAUGGUGAGAUGGAACUUAGUGCAUUAAAGAACGAUAAGACUUAAAUCACUCUUGUUGAGUUCAGGCACAAGCCACAGCAUAUAUCUAUUACUAAAUUUACAUAGGUAAGUAGCUAUAUAAUUAUAUACGUAAAUAUAUUAAUUAAAUAUUCGUUUCCUUUCCAGAUCGCAGAGACCAUGACAACUACAAGAAAGUAUUAAGAAGCAAAGUGAGCGAUGCGAUUGGUCGAAUGGCCGGGCGCGGGCGGGGGCUAGCAUGCUGCCGCUGGUGCUGCUGGCGCUAGCGAGCGCGGCCGGCGCCAGCGUGAGCGAGCUAGCGCGCCGGGACACGGGCGACGUGUUCUCGCUCACUGGUGUAAAAUGCGGACCCACGCAAUGCGCCGAGCACGGCGCGCGCGCCGCCGACGCCGUAUGCACUUGCGCGUGCCCGCACCGAGCGCCGCUGUUCAGGGAGGACCGGGAGCUGUGCGUCGACGACUUGCCAGAAUGUUCGCUGGCGAGCUUCGGGACAGGCGUGGGCGUACAGCGGAUACCGUUCGUGUAUCUGCCGCUGAAAGGACAAAUCAUUCAUCCGUCGAGGGAUAUUACCUUUCAAGGUGUCAAGACUCCUAUAUGUGCAGUGUCUGGUGCUCAGUUCCUGACUCCAAAAGGCUUCGUAGAUCUUCGCAACACGCUAGACGCAGACGUGCCUUUCAGUCUUUUUCGCGAUGAGGGGCGGACUUUUCUACAGUGGAGCGGUGAGGACGAAGUGCGAGCGAGUAUGUCGGGCCGAAUGAUGGUGGUGCGCCUGCUGUGUCGAGAUGUUGCCGCAGCUCCCGCCUCUCCACUCGACUUGAGGGGAGUUUUUACGCCAUGCGUUGCUUUCCGGGUGCAAGGCACUGCUCCUAAACCACUCUCGAAUGUAACUGAAGUCCAAUUCGCUCCAAACGCGCAGACAUCAGAAGCAACCUCCACAUCAGGACUAACAGUGACAGAAUACGUUGCAAUCGGCAUAAGCUCUCUCCUUCUCGGUCUAAUUUAUGUUGCAUCGGUCUUCCUCUACCUACACAUACGGAAAAGAAAGAAAGGCUCCGAAGCAACCGAAGGAAGCUCGAGACGAUUGAAAAGUUUAAAGAAUAAAAAUGGUUCCAUCAUAACUGAACGCGACAUAGUUCGAAUCAACAAUGAAAGAGUCCAGUCAAUACCGAGUUCUUUGGAUACGGAUGAUGGUGUAGUCAAAAAUAAUCCAUUGAUAGGAAUGACUCGAUCGUUUCAUCAGAUCAAGCACAGCUUUCCAAGCGAUUCUGGUAGUACCAUGUCUGAUUCGGAAGACUUUGCUGAGAGUAGCGUUAGAAGCGAAGAUCACACUUUUAACGAUCAGACAACGUCAGCUCUUAUACAUUCCCACUAUUCAGAAGUGAAAAUUAGAAACAGCUGCUCCGAGGCGAGUCACCGAGACGAGUCGGGAAUCGAACGCCUUCCAGACGAACAUGUAUCCAUCGUGGAAACAACUGACGACCGCGAAAUAGCACGGCCAGUCGGCACUACGAGAAGAAAGCUAUACUUCAAUCCGGCUUAUUUUGAACCACACCUCAUGGCGGAGCCACCACCCGCUGCUUUAGAAUUCCUUACUAAAAUUAGAGAAGUCAUCGCAGUCGCUAAACAUAAAAUGGCAGCAAAAAGAUUCCAACCAGUUCUAAAUGAGAUACCAGAAGAAGAGACCUAUCCCUCUCAUGGAAACAGUUUAGACAUAUACCAAGGCCUAGGCAGUCAAAGAAGCGGAAGCGUUGUCAGCCUUAAGAGGGAAAAUAGUAGAAAGAGAUCUAUAAAUUGCGUAGGAUGUCCAGGUUGUAAAACGGAAAAUGGCAGCGAAGUGCAUAAUUUUAUAAAAUAUGACAUACCUGCCUGCUCAAGCUGCCUAAGUAGUAAAGGAGAAAAGCAAAACAGCAUCCGCAAAUGGCUAGAAAACAUUCCUACUGGGAAACAAUCGUUCUCUAAUGAUUUUCUACCAGCAAGCCAGAAUGGCCUAGUCAACUCUCAUUUAUCUCUUCCAAGUACGGAAACAAAUUGUAAAUUAAGAAAACAAAACAGUUUUACAGCGUUUAAUCCUAUGAAUUUAACUGAAAACAUUACAAAGACUAGAAAAGCAUCAACUAUGUCUGUGAGAUCUGAACCACCCUUGAGAACAUAUAGCUAUAAUCUACCGUUACCUGAAUUUGAUAAAAUUACACAUAAUAACAACAGGAACUACUAUGGACAGACUAUUUCCAGAAUAGAUGAUAUCAGACCAAUCGGGUUGUGCGACUAUCGCACUGGGAGUCUGAGAAGUAACCCUAUCACUAAUCGACACAGAAAUAAAAUUAUAACCAAUAAGAAUUCUCUCCCUGAUAUGGUGAAUGAAGCUAUAGCUCUUGAAAACUGUAAUAGCAAAUCAUACAACCAUAACAGUUCGGACGAAGAAAGAGUCGGUCAUAAAAGUAUAAACGCUGCUAGAAAGAACUCUGAAAGCCCACCCAUUAAUGACUACGAAACUGAUAGUUUAGAGAGAACAUCUACCAAAAAGGGGCUAGCAACUCCACCUGAAUACCCUGACGUGCCGUCUUCUCAAGCUAGUCCAAGCCUGAGCAAUGCUUUACCAUUAGAAGAAGAACUUACAAUGACUAAUGCAGUUUAUAAGACGCAUUCGAGGAGCAAUAGCAACACUCCAUCCCCACAAAGAGAUGUAUGCAUCGAACAAAAUCAUUAUGAAAUAAUAGAGUCCAAGAAAGUAAUAAACAACGUCAAUAAUAUAGAAGCUAACAACAAUAGCCCAAACAACAGCUAUAGUUUAAUAAGCGAGGUAUAUGUUAACAAUAAUUACAACUUUGGUAGUACUCCUACUUCACCGAGUGGAUCAGAUUGUUCAAUGGGAAGUAGAAAACUACGUCGCGCAGGUAAUAACUCCGAGGAAAAACCAGGAUGUCUUACUAUUGAAGUUAAAGAUCCUCCCGAAAAUUACAUAAAAAUUCAUGAAUCAGAUGGAUUUGAACCCGACACAUUGGAUCGCAAACAUCCCAAAUAUAAAAAGACAGACGAAAACAGUCAAUUCAGUAGAAAGGACCUCAUUAAAAACAUCGAUAUUGACGGUAGUCCUGUCAAUCAACGUAUUCAACUACGCAGCAGCGGGACGUUCAAAAAAUCGGAAGCAAUGGUCAGUGCGUCCAAAUUCAAUAGUUUAAGAAACGAUUACGAAUGCCGGAAAAAUAUUUAUGAACGCCCUAAACUAUCUCCUACCACAUUCAAUGAUUCUAAAAGUCUAGACGAUACGUCGGAAACCUGGGAAGAGGUCGCGGCAGACUGGGCUACAGAAGAAGGCCGUAUCCUUACUCUAGAACUCAGGCACUCGAAGAGACAACGGCAAUGUACACCGCCAACUAUAAAGCAAAUGAAAAGUUUAGCAAGACCAGACAUUCUGCCUCCACUUCCACCAACAAAUGACCAUCCAAUUUAUGAACAGCCGAGCUUUCCACCCCGGAGAGUAGAAAGUGUAAGAUUACCACAAGAACAUCUUUCAAAAAACCUGAAUGGCAGAAGCCUCAGUCCGAGAACAUUUACGAAGAAUACGACAACUGAUCUUAGCUUUAGAAAGAGUAAAAUUCGUAAAACCAGUAUAGGACAUCCUUCCGGUCCAACGAGAGCUUCUGCCCAAAUGCCAUUCUCGGACUACGAAAACAUUGACACUGUCGACGCGAGUGAAGGAGUAGCAAGACAAGCUGAAGAUUUAUGUAGGAUAUCUAAUAGAAAACGGACAGACAGAAGAUACAGCAGCAAUCCAAUAAACACCAACACGUUUGUAAAAGGACCUAAAGAAACUUCUGGUAAAACUUUUAGGAUGAAGCGUAAAAAAGGACAACAUGUUGAAGACUCAGGAUAUCUCAGCAGUGACUCCGCUGGCUCGAGACAAAUUCAAAGGAAAUUAGUAAUAGCUAAAAUAGUGAGUUGUAGUGAAAGUGAUGACACUGAAAAUGAGGCUAGGAGUGAAUCAGGUGCGGAGAGCGUAGAAACGCAUUCGGUGUAUUUCGAUAGCUAUAGAAAGCCAGAAGUGAACGUUGUAGAAAGUGACAAUAAUAUGCUAACGUACGAUAAAAGUGCAAGAAGUAGUGGAAGACGUUUCAAAAACAAUUUACAGUUAUAACAAAUCGCAAUAAAAAAAAAUGUGCAAUAUAAUGUGCAAUAUCAAUUUAUACGUAAUUAUAAAAUGUAUUUCUAAUUAAAAUUUACUUUGUUGUUUGUAAAAUAUACAAGUACUGAUACACGAUACCUCUCCUAAGAGUUGUUAAUAGUUAAGUAUUAUUUAUUUAUGUGGCAAAUAAGCAACAGUAUGUAAGUAG